AUGGAUCCAGAUUUGAACCCAAAUAACUCAGGCCAGAAAACAUUGAAUACUUGUCUAAAAAAUCCAGUUGGGAGUGGAGGCUUUGGACAGUGUUUUCUCGGGCGCUAUCGAGGCAUCGACGUUAUUGUCAAGCAAAUGACUCACAACGAAACGUCAGAGGAUGAAGAACGAGCAAGGAGAGAUUUACUCCACGAAGCAAAGGUCGUUUCUGCUUUGGGGGACCAUCCACAUCUACCCAUGAUUUUUGGUGUUGUUACAAAGGCCUCACCAUUAUGCCUUGUGACUCAAUUUCAUGGUGUUCAGCAAGAAAGUGUAACUCUCCAUCAAGCGGCCGAUAACAACGCAGUUACUAAAGCAAACUGUAUUUCUAUAUUUAAAAAGAUAUGCAGUGUUUUAGACCACGUGCACUCUAAAGGAUACCUUCAUAACGACAUCAAAGGAAACAAUGUUGUACUAGAACGGCCCUCAGCCUCUGGGGAAUUCAGCCCAGUUCUUAUUGACUUUGGAAAGAGCCUUAAGGUUUCAUCUGUUACGUUGUACCGCAGAAACGGCACCGUUAUGAAAUGCAAAGGGAAAAGCUAUUUAGCCCCUGAGGUUGUUAGUGAACGACUCUAUAGCGUUGCCAGUGACAUUUUUUCAUUGGGAAGAAUGCUUAAGGCGAUAUCGUCUUUGUUGGGUUUUUAUGAAAGGGUCCGAGAAUUGGUUAAAAUGUCAACCAGAGAUAAGCCGUCAGAGAGACCUAGCCUUUAUGUUUUCUCUCGUAAGAUUGCUGAUGUUAAAUUUUAG